AUGGGCCGCUUUGCAUACAAAUACAGCCUGGAUGAGGUUGGGAAGGCCCUGGUUGCCGUGGGCGAGACACCGAACUGGCGAGUGAUCCAACAGUCACUUCAUCAGCACCGAUCUGUGAGGGCCCAGGCAUUUGUCAACGUUUGGACUUCCACUGGCACGGUCUUGGUACAGGGAGGUGGAGCGCCGGUGUUUGAGUGCGCUCUCAAGGAAGCCUUGGGAGAGAUCGGAGCACAGACAUCCGAAGAGGAGCACAUAGGUCUGCAGCUCUUUGUGGACGGCUCCUGCCCGGGCAACCGGCAUGCUGGCAAGCUGCCAACAGCAGCAGGCUGGGGCGUAGCUGUCUUCCGUGCCGGCGAGGGCGAGAGGGCAGCGACGUGGAAGCCAUUGCUGGACUUGUUUGGCCCUGUCGUGACCGACAGUUCGUCAGA